AUGAAGACGGCAAUAACAUUUUUAACAGUCCAUUGUUCCAGACUUGUGUGUUUCUUCACAAACUGGUCUCAGUACAGAGAAGGAGCUGCUAAAUUUCUUCCUGAGAAUGUGGACCCGACCUUGUGCACUCAUUUAAUCUAUGCGUUUGCUAUUAUAAACUUUGCCAAUAAGAUAGCAAGCAGUCAAUGGAAUGAUUUGGCCCUCUAUUCAUCCUUCAAUGCACUUAAAAAGAGAAAUCCUCAGUUGAAAACUUUGCUGUCCAUUAGAGAUCAAGACACGGGCCAAUUCUCUAUUAUGUUGUCCAAUUGGACAAACCGACAGACAUUCAUCAAGUCUUCUGUUGAAUUUCUGAGAAAGCAUAACUUUGAUGGGAUGGAUUUGGAAUGGGAGCACAAUACUUCGGGGACGCCACUGGAAGAUAAGCAUAAAUUCACUUUACUCUGCAAGGAAAUUGUGGAGGCAUUUGUAACUGAAGGCUGGCCAAACAAAGAUUCACGACUAAUUCUUACAGCAACUGUGUCAGCACAGAGAGAUGUUAUUGAAAGGAGCUACAACAUACGAGAGAUCUCAAAAUACUUGGACCUUAUUAAUGUGAAGACGUUUGAUUUUCAUACGUUUGAUAAUGGAAUUGUGAGACAUCACAGUCCUUUGUACAGUGGUAUCCACUAUGAAGAGAAUAUCUACUCAAACGCUGAUUUUGCCCUACAACAAUGGAGAGUUCAGGGGGCUCCUGCUGAGAAGUUAUUAAUGGGCUUUGCCACUUAUGGCCGCUCCUUUAUCCUCACCUCCGCUCAGACUGGAGUCGGUGCCCCAGCCAGUAAUUUUGCGUCCCCUGGACCUUAUACUCAAGAGAUGGGGCUCUGGUCUUACUUUGAAGUGUGUCUUUUCUUAAAUGGGGGUGUCAUACAGUGGAUAGAAGACCAGAGAGUUCCAUUCUCGGUUAAAGGCAGUGAAUGGGUGGGCUUUGACAAUCUAAGAAGCUUUGAGAUUAAGAUAAAAUACUUACUUGAGCAAAGCCUGGGCGGUGCGUUUGUAUGGGCUCUGGACCUGGAUGAUUUUUCUGGACAUUUCUGUGGACAAGGCAAAUAUCCUUUAGUCACCUACCUAAAGAAACAGUUAAUAACUGGAACAAAUGAAAGCUCUUCUACUUCACCACCAACAUGUGGGAAACCUUUUACCUCUCUUCUGGUACCCACAAAUCAGUUCUUCUUUACUCAUCAGUCAGGUGUUCCUUCAGGAUCCACACAGUACGGAGUGAACCUUCAAGAAGAGUUUGAGAUCACCAGGAACCAUCUCAGGGAGAUUCACGUGGACCCCUGGGACGAGAUCCCAACUUCACUGAAGAGAUCCUGA